AUGCCAACGAUAAACCAUUUAAAUAAUGGAACACCUAAUACCAUUUGUCCUCAAUUAAAAGACGAAUUUUAUAAUGUUUUAAAAGAAGAACUUGAUAAACGACAAUCACUUGAAUCAAAAACACAUAAACCAUGUCCUAAAUUAACAGCGUCUUUAAUUACACCAAAAAGAAUAAGAACAAAUUUACUUUCUGAUUGUUAUGAUCUUGGCCCAUCAGUUGAUGCUAUAUCAAAUGAUGAAACAGAAAUUGAAAAGUACAUAAAAACAUGCUUCACAUUCGAUUGA